AUGCAGAAGUUGCCUUUCUUAAUCGUGGACCUCGGCCAGAAUGACCCCGAGGCGACUACAUUGCAGGAACAGGUUCAGGCCCAGCAGGGCAUCGUGCUACCCAAGGCGAUCCUGCAGAGGCCGAAGGUCAACCCUGAGCACCAAAAGGAUAUGGUACGCAGGGAUCGAGAAAUGGAUCAGGAGAUCAACCGACGGGAUCAAGAGAUGCAUAUUCGCAAGAACAGGUUCAAUACCUACCAAGAGAAUACUGAACGAGCUCUAUCCCGCAUGAAACGGGCGUUUGAGAAGGCCCAGAAAGACCCUAAACCGGCUCCAGAGCAAACUUCUAACAGUCCUAAGGCUGCUAAAAAAGACCUUUUAGAGAUUGAUAUCUUUGAGAUCAGCGACUCUGCCUACCAGCUUUAUCUCGGUAAAUCAGACUGUUUUAUUACUUCGCUGUCGCAGAUUAACAAGAUAAUUGAUGAAAAGACCUACCCUGAGCGCGUACUGGAAAUUGAAAAGUUGAAAGAACAGAUUCCUAAGGCCUAUUACGGUUUUGUAGAUAUAUUUUUGAAGUCAGAAUCAGACACGCUGCCUCCGAGAAGGGAAAACGAUCAUCAGAUUGAGCUUACUGAUAAGAAUACGCUAGAAUAUAGUCCCUUAUAUCGGUACUCUGCAAAAGAGCUAAAAGCGAUCAAAGCCUAUCUAAUAGAGAACUUACAGAAAGGCUUUAUCGUUCUUAGUGCUGCCCCGUUCGGCUCCCCCGUACUAAUGACUGCGAAGCCAGGAGGAGGUUUACGGUUCUGCGUAAACUACCGGAAAUUAAACUCGAUUACGAAAAAAAAUCGCUAUCCUCUACCCCUGAUGGAUGAGCUGCUGGAUCGGCUAGGCCGUGCAAAGAUUUUUACUAAAUUUGAUAUCAGGCAGGGCUUCUACCGCAUCCGAAUGCAUCCCGAUUCAGUGGAUUUGACUACAUUCCGCACCAAGUAUGGGUCCUAUAAAUACCAAGUCUUGCCUUUUGGCCUGACCAAUGGACCCGCAGCCUUUCAACAGUUGAUGAAUGACAUCUUUAUUGAUCUGAUUGACAAGUAUAUGGCAGUGUACGUAGACGAUAUCCUAAUAUUCAGUGAGGACGAGCUCGAACAUGAGGCCCACGUCCAAGAGGUCCUGAAACGAUUCCGCGCUGCAGGCCUCCAGGCUGCUAUUCACAAGUGCGAAUUCAGUGUAAAAAGAACUAAGUUCUUAGGCUUCAUCCUGACCCCGGAUGGUAUUGAGGUUGACCCUGAGAAGGUCGCAGUGAUCACUAACUGGCAGGUCCCUACCACAGUUAGAGGAGUCCAGUCGUUUCUCGGAUUCUGUAACUUCUAUCGACGUUUUAUAGAGGCCUACAGCAGGAUUGCUAGACCACUGUAUAUCUUAACGAAGAAACUGGCUUCCUUUGAAUGGACCUCCGGCUGCCAGAAAGCUUUUGAGCAGCUAAAGAGGCAUUUGACUUCGGUACCUCUCCUGCGGCAUCACGACCCAACCCUCCCGUCCAGGAUUGAAACAGACGCCUCAGACGGGGUAGUCGCUGGCAUAUUCUCCUAG